AUGGACAAGUCAGUAGACGAGCAUGUCGAAUACCAAGAGGAAUCCGACCACAAGGGAAGUGCCUUGGAGCAAGAUGCCCUCUACCAAGCAUAUGCCUCCAAAGGCCCUGAAUGGCAUCAGACUAUGACCAAACGCCUGCUCCGCAAAGUCGACUGGCAUCUGUUGCCUUUUCUGAUUCUGAUGUAUCUUUUAAACUUUUUGGACAGAAACAACCUUUCCCAAGCUCGUUUAGGUACGCUCGAAGAAGAUCUGGGUAUGGGUGGUACCGACUACAACCUCGCCACGAGUAUUCUCUUUGUUGGAUACCUGUUGAUGCAGCUCCCAUCCAACCUGAUUCUUACUCGAGUCCGACCCUCGCUGUUUCUGGGCAUCGCAAUGGCCAUUUGGGGUGUCAUUUCCGCCUGCCAGGCGGCUAUUACCUCAUUUUCAGGUCUAAUCGUCACACGGUUUUUCCUUGGAUUUGUUGAAGCGCCUUUCUUUCCAGGCGCUGUGAUGUUAAUGUCAAGUUGGUAUACCCGACAGGAGCUGAGCCAUCGCAUUGCCUGGUUCUAUGCCGGAAGCUCACUUGCCAACGCUUUUGGCGGCCUCAUCGGGGCUGGUGUUCUGGGUAAUCUCAGCGGAGCACAGGGUAUUGCAGGAUGGCGAUGGCUGUUCAUUAUCGAAGGAUGUAUCACUGUGGGCAUUUCGCUCCUCGCCAGCAUCUUUCUCCCAAAUUACCCUGCUUCAACUUCCUGGUUAACCGAGGAGGAACAAGCUUAUGCGCAGUGGCGUCUGAUGCACGAUGCCGGAGAAGCUGAUGAGGUUGGCUCAACAAGUACCAAAGAGGCCUUGGCCUUGGUUUUUGCGGACAAACGAAUCUACCUCUUCAUCCUCCUCCAGCAUGUUUCGCUCUUGUCCCAGAACUUCCAAUAUUUCUUCCCGACAAUCGUGCAAACCCUGGGCUACGGCAAUGUCGAGACUCUUUUGAUCACCGCGCCCGUGUGGAUUGCCACAUUCUUCGUUUCGCUGAUUGUCACAUGGACCUCAGGAAAGACGAACGAUCGCAGUAUACACAUUAUCUGCUUGAUGAUGGUCAGCGUGAUAGGGGGCGUUAUUUGCACCGUUACCACCAACAUCGGCGCCAAGUUCUUCGCUAUGUUCCUUAUGCCCAUGGGAGCGGUGUCUGCGUAUCAAAUUAUCAUUGCAUGGGUCGCUAACUCCUUCCCUCGGCCGUUAGUAAAACGGUCCGCGGCAAUCGCGAUCGCAAACAUGAUCGGAAAUACUGCCUCGAUAUAUGGUAGUUAUAUGUGGCCCUCGUCUUCGGGGCCUCGGUAUAUCCCUGGAGGAAGUGCGACCGCUGCGAUUGCAUUCUUCGUCGCGGUUAUUGCCUUUAUCAUUCGCCUGGUCCAUGUUCGUAUGAACAAAAGACUAGAUGAGGACGAACACGCUGAAGUACCUCCUACAGGCGCUCCAGCUGAUCUAGAGACCCGAGUGGUCGGAUUCCGGUAUAUUUUGUGA